AUGUUUGAUCUCCCAGACGCAAAACGCGUCCGUCGCGAAGAAAUUCUCUCCGGAACCUCACUAUCCCCUCCAUCAUCCCCCCCGCCUCAAGACUCCAUCGAAGACGGAUACGCCCGCCUAGGGAAACUACUUAAUCUCGACGAGGACGCGUUCAUCACUCCAUCUGCACCAUCUACUACCCAUAAUGAAGCACCCACCGAGACGCCAACCGCACAGAACGAUGUUGAGGAGGAAGAGGAACAAGAAUUCGAAUUCCGCUUAUUCAGUGCGCCUGUUCCCAGGAAGGAGGCAGCAGGGGAUUCGGAGAAGGAAAUGAACAAGGAUGCAGAUAAUGCGGCAGCUGAAGUGCAGACGCAGAAGUUGCGUAUCAGAUUACGCUCCCCGACUCCUGCUCCUGCUGAUGCGGGGGAAGGGAGAUUUGUGAAUCCGUCUCGGGGGUGGGAGUAUUACUUUUCCACACCUGCAUUGGUUUCGAAGGAUAGAACUGUCGGUACAACUUCCCAUUCCACAGCAUGGAGUGGUGCUAUUGAUGAGAAGAGGAGGGAAUUUGAGGCUGUUGCUGUUGAUGGCGGGAUGGUGCUAAAGUGGGCAUCACAGAAUUGGCCUGGCUGCCAUCUACCGUGGCGGAUAAUUCAACUAAAACGGCAAAAUACAAAAAUUCCUUCAAAAGACGUCUAUAUGGUAGACCAACCUGGAAGAACAACAUCUCCAAAGACGCGUAAGAAGCCCGGCAAGAAGCGACGUAUCCAGCUACGCAAGAAAGUUGCGGCUGCAAAUGCGGCGAAGGAGACGGAAGCAGAGAAACGGAAUCGGAAGAACCGUGAAAAGAAAAUCAAACGGAGACAGAAAGCGAGAGAAAUGAAGGCCGCAGCUGCGGCACAGGGUUUAAGCGUUGUAUCCACUGGAGAUGGUGAUGAUGUUUCAUCACAGGGAGAAGAGAACUAG